CCCCCUUGUCACACAGCAACUAGGGCCUGACAGUCACACACCACAGGGCAGAUAGGGCCUCAAAACCACACACCUGGAAGGUACGCAUUAGAAACAUGGAUUUAAAAAGCCUAUUCGUGGUAGCCCAGUUUAUAAAGGCAAGAUGUGCCCAUGGCAUGAUGGCAGGAACAGCCAAAAAGGAUAAGAAUUAUAUUUUCUAUGAGGUGGAGAUUCAGGAUUCCAAGAAGUUGAAGCUUUGCUACUUGGACAAGGUGGAACCUAAUGCCACUAUUGGAGAGAUCAAGUGUCUAUUAUAUAAGAUAUAUCCCAAAUGGUACCCAGCCAGACAGGCUUUGUCACUUCACCCAGAUGGGGAGUCCCUGAAGGAUGAUGAAGUAUUGGAGAAUCUACCGGUGGGAACCACGGUAACAAUGUUCUUCCACGACCUGGGACCGCAGCUGGGGUGGACCAUGGUGUUUCUGUCAGAGUGCAUCGGACCUCUCUUCAUCUACCUUUUUUUCUUCCUCCAUCUCCUCAACGUCUACGAGCAGAUCGAUGACUAUACCUCCAGUCCCUGCUCAGUGGUCACGCUGGCGUGUGUGUGUCACUGUUUCCACUACUUCAGAAGGUUGUUGGAGACCAUCUUCAUCCAUCGUUUCUCUGAUGGCACCUUGCCGCUGCAAACCAUCAUGAGGAACUGCCUGUACUACUGGGGGUUUUCUGCUUGGCUAGCCUACUACAUCAACCACCCCCUCUACACUCCACCAUCGUAUGGGAAUCUCCAAGUCUACUCUUCGUUGGUGGUGUUUAUGCUCUGUGAAGCUGGAAACUUCUCAAUUCAUUUGGCUCUCAAUAACUUGGGCUGUAAUGGUCUGAGGCCCAAGCGGAUCCCUUACCCCACCAGGAACCCCUUCACGUGGCUCUUCUUCUUCGUGUCAUGUCCCAACUACACCUAUGAGGUGGGGACGUGGUUGAGUUUCUCCAUCAUGACACAGUGUGUUCCAGUGGCUCUGUUCACGUUGCUGGGCUUCAUCCAGAUGACCAUCUGGGCACGGGGAAAACAUACGAUGUACACCAGAGAGUUUACAGACUACCCUGAGCUAAGAUCGGCUAUCAUCCCUUUGUUCCUUUGAGCCAGCCAGGGUUGACAACAAGAGCCUAAUCCUUAAUUAUACCCCUGUUCCCUAUAAGGGUUGCACAACAAAAAAAUUCUGGUAACUGUCACCGAAUUCCCCAGUUUUUUUUCUUCCAGAAAUCGCAGUUGUAAAUUCCAUGGAAUCAGAAGGGAAUAAGCAAGGGAAAUCUGGAAUCGUCCAACCAGGAUUUCUGGAACAACUGGGAAUUUUGGGUAAAUUAUCAAAAUUGUGCACAUCCCUAUACUUUUGGCCAGAGCCACAUAGGCCUCUUACCAAAUGUAGUGUACUACAUAGGGACUAGGAUGCCAUUUUAGACAGACCCAUUGCACACUCUACUACAGUUAGAGAAAGCAGCGUAGUGGACACUGUGGUAACGGUGCACCUGUAGGGGAUAUGAUAUAGGGAACAACAGAUACCCAGUCAACAAGCCAGCUGUAUAUAAAUGAACUUUGUGACAGCCUCUCAGUCAGAAUAGGGUUACAAGGCCUCACUCAGGCCUGUGACUUAACGUCAUCACUCAACUCUACACUAAAAGUGUACAUUUGUAGCAAAGGUUAUGGGUUUUACAGAGAUACUGGUUUUAAGUUAGGAUGAAUGUACUGCAAAGUGUGGGAUGAAUACAAUAGAUUGGUUUGAUUCCAUGUAGUCGUAGAGAAUUGAUCGUUUUUUUUUAUUUUUUAUUCAUCAUAAUCAUUGUUGCUGCACAGUUCAUGUGGGUGACAAUGUGUAUACUUUAUAGUAGUGGUCUUGAACCUAGUGCACUUGAAGUCUAGUGCACUUGAAUUCUAGUGCACUUGAAGUCUAGUGCACUUGUUCCCCUGUUGAAGGACGAAUGGCAACUAACCAUAAUAUUUAACUUGUGUGAUAUUAAUAGUAUUUUAUCUUAUUUGUUUAUGUUGUUAGUUUUACAGUGGGACUGUUUUAUUUUUUUCACAGUAACGUUGUGAUAUUAAUUAACCCAUUUGGAUUUAACAGGGUCAGUGUGUUGCUGUUAAAGCAUGGCAUCAGUUGAUACACAUAUCUAUUCUCAUACAUAAUACUAGCUAUGACAGGGAUGGGCAACUGGCAACAGAGGGGCCUCUCUUGGAGGGUCAGUGGGGGGGGGGGGGGGGGGGU